AUGGAGAGCGGGGCAAGGGUUAUGGACUCUAACGAUUUGGAAAAGGAGCGAGGGAUUACCAUCUUGUCGAAGAGCACUGGAAUAACCUACAAGGGCUACCGUAUUAACAUUGUUGAUACCCCAGGGCACGCAGAUUUCGGUGGAGAGGUCGAACGCGUGUUGUCGAUGGUCGAUGGUGUAUGCUUGGUGGUGUGUGGAACAGAAGGCCCAAUGACGCAGACAAAAUUUGUCUUGUCAAAAGCCUUGGAGAAGAAUUUAAAACCACUGGUGGUUAUGAAUAAGGUUGACCGACCCACUGCUCGGCCAGAAGAAGUUGAGGAGGAACUCCUUGAACUUUUCAUCGGUCUUGAUGCCAAUGAGACGCAGCUGGAGUACCCGAUUUUGUACGCUUCGGCGAAAGAUGGGUGGGCGACCAGAGAGUUGAAUGGAAAGCGAGACAAUGUUCUGCCAUUACUUGAGGAAAUCGUAAAUCAUGUUCCGGCGCCUAGCGUUGACCGUUCAGCGCCCUUCUCUAUGCUAGUAACGCAAAUUGAGAGCGACCCAUACGUCGGCAAGUGUUACAUGGGCAAGAUCCAGUCCGGUACACUUAGGGUGGGGGACAAGAUCAAGUCCCUUAACACUGAUGGCAAGAUUGCUGUGGAAGGACGGUGCACUAGGAUUUUCCUGCGUCAGGGUUUGCAACAGGUUGCGACGGAAGUGGCGGCCGCAGGAGAUAUUGUCUCUGUGGCGGGUAUUGAUGGCGCCUACGUCAACCACACUAUUUGUGAUACGGCAGUGUCCAAUCCAUUACCGUUCACCAAAGUCGAUCCUCCUACGAUUUCCAUGAUGUUUUAUGUAAAUGACUCGCCUUUAGGUGGCAAAGAGGGGAAAUUCUUGACUUCACAAGUGUUGCGAGACCGUCUUGUGAAAGAGACUGAGACCAAUGUCGCUCUGCAGGUUGUGCAACACGGUGAAGCUUUCGAAGUCAAGGGGCGCGGAGAAUUACAAAUGGGCGUACUUAUUGAGACUAUGCGACGAGAAGGAUUCGAAAUGUCCGUAUCUCCCCCUCGAGUCAUCUACAAAGUGGAAGGAGAGGACAAGGAGAGGAAGAUUUUGGAACCGAUAGAGGAAGUGACGAUCGAUGUUGAGCAUGAGCAUGCGGGGACGGUGAUUGAGAAGAUUACAAAGAGGAAAGGAGACAUGAAGAGCUAUACUGAGACUGGCGACAAGGCGAGAUUGAUCUUCCAUGUCCCAACAAGGGGCUUGUUGGGUUACCCAGCCGAGUUCAAGAACGACACGCACGGACAAGGUAUCAUCAACUAUCUGCUUCUCGGCUACGAGCCUUAUAAAGGGCAAUUGGACAGAACCCGGAAAGGCUCCAUUAUUUCGACAGCGUCAGGUGAAACGACAGCAUAUGCACUCGCAGCCGUUGAACCUCGUGGCAAACUAUUUGUCACACCCGGUACCAAAGUAUAUCCUGGGAUGAUCAUUGGGGAGCACAACCGCGAGCAUGACCUUGAAGUCAAUCCUGUUAAAGCCAAGCAGUUGACCAACAUACGACAAGUCAACAAGGAAGAACAAAUUCGGUUGACUCCAGUGGACUCGAUGGGGUUAGAGAAGAUGCUUGCCUACGUUCAAGAUGACGAAGUGAUUGAAAUCACUCCUGUGAGUAUCCGAACGCGAAAGAAGGAACUCGACAGCACCAAGCGCAAAGCUCAAGCCAGGAAACGGCACCCCGAUUUCGGAACCUUGUAA